AUGGUGAAACCUCGCAAAAAGUUAUCUUUAUCUGAUAAGUGCCCUCAGUUCUUCAAAGUUUUUCUCCCGGAACGGAGCUCUCAACGACUGCAAAUUCCACCAGCGUUCGUUGAGCAUUUUAAUGGAGUUUUACCCUCCAAGUCUAUAAUUAGGAGUCAUGCAAGAAGAUCGUGGAGGGUUGAAGUGAGAGAGGUUGAUAAGAAUGUGUAUUUUGGAAAGGGUUGGCAUGAAUUUGUGGAAGACAAUUCACUAGAGUUUGGAGAUUUCCUAGUAUUUUGUUAUGGUGGAGAUUCAAUCUUUUUUGUUAAAGUAUAUGGUAUAAAUGGCUGUCAAAAGGAGGUUUGCAUUCCCACCAGGAAGAAUCGAAAAUCAUUUCCAAUUGUGCAUGAAAAUCAGAAAAAUGAACCCAUGAAGGAUGAACAGUUGAUACUUGAAGACAAUGGCAAGCAGCAAGAAACUAAUAAGACUUUACGUCCGAGAGGUCUCAAGGCUGUUCAAGAGAAUGAUAAAUCUCUGAAACCUCCUGGGAAGUUUCUCUCUUCAUACCCUUUCUUCCAAGUUGUUACGACGAAAGCUUAUGUGGAAUGGAGUUAUAUGCAUAUACCGAGGAGCUUCGUCAAAAGCUACAUGAAAAAGGGUGGACGGAAAGCUACUCUUCGUGCUUCAGCAAAGUCAUGGAAUGUGAAAUUGAUUGGCUAUACGAAGCGCGAAUACAGGCUUGGUGACGGUCUCUUAAAUGAGUGUUCAUCUCUUACUGAGGCCGGUCAAGCUUCUCUCUGUGUAUAUGCUUUUGUAUCUGAAGGUCCAUAUAAUGUGUUCAUUGACAAAGGCUGA